AGAAAUUAGAGACUCGUUGUGACAAGAACAAGGAUUCAAAAAUGGCGAAACAAUACGGCGACGAGUACGAAAAAUUUAACGACAAAAUCGAUCGGGAAACGAGUAAUGUUAGAACAUAUUUGAACAAGAUCGCAUUGACACAAGUAAAGGAAGUGGCGACACCGGAAGUAAAUGAGGGUAGUAGUGGGUUGAACGAGGGGUCUAGUGCGAAGGGUGAACAUCGACAGUUAGAACUAAUUCGAAUUCCU